AUGGAAAGCAUCAAGGGGUAUAAGGGAGGUAAGAUCACAUCGGAGGACAUCAAUAAGCUACUGAGGGAGGCGGUCCGCAACAUAGAGGAAAAGACAAGCAGGGAGAAACGUGCAGAGGAGGAGACGAAGAAAAGCGAAAACGGCAAGGCGAAUAACAACAAAGGACACAGCAGGAAAAGGGAAGUGGAGCGGGCCGAGGGUUCAGCUGGAGAAUCAAAAAAGGGAAGAAGACACGAAGACAAGCGGGAAGAGGAGGAAGAGCUUGCUCUAAUGGAGGUGGUCGAGGCAGCGGAAGCCUCCAUGUGCGAAUUGGAAGAGGACAUGGAAUGGGAGGAUGAGCUCAGCCAAGGAUGGCCAGAGCCUGCAGGAAGCUCAACGCCGCAAACGGGCGAGUACAAAGAAGCAAAAAAGGGAAAAGGCGAGCAGGCUGCAACCAGUAGUCAAGCUGGCGUGGAAUGGGAGGAUGAAUUCAACCAAGGCUGGACAGAGCCUAUAGGAAGCUCAACGCCGCAAACGAGCGAGUACGAAGAAACGAAAAGGGGAAAAGGCGAGCAAGGUAAGGCAAAAAGGAAGCUGCCGCUGGUCUUAGAGGACAGAAUAGUCGGUGCUAAAAGUGAAGAUUUGAAGCUGCAACCAGUAGUUAAGCUGGCCCGACUAGCAGGGGAGGAAGGAAGAAAUGGAGGAAAGAACGGGAACAAGAAGAGCGAAGGACAGCAGAGCCAAAAGGAGGGGAAGAAAGAAGGAGACGAAGCAGGGAGCGGACAGGACGAAGAGGAGCACGAAAUUUUGAGAAUAGUGAAGAAGGUAAGGGAAGAGAAAAGAAGGAUGGAAGAGAAACGCAAGGAGCAGAAGAGUAGCGGAGAAGGGAGUCAAGCCGACGAGGGAAAAAACGGAGGCGAAAACGGAGGGAACAAAGACAGGGCGAGGACAGGCACGAAAGAAAGGCGGGAGGAGACAAGAAACGAGGAGUUACCAAGGAAAGAAGGGUGGACCAAGGACAAAAGGGGUGAUGGAAACAGGAGCGAUGUGGUCAUCAUGGUACAAUACCCGAGAGAGGAGGUAGAUUACUGGAGACUCAAGGAGAUCAGGGAAACCAGGAAAGGAGACAUUAUCAUUAUCCUACAAAGAGGCAAGGAGGGCAGCGCAAACACGGGCAAGGAGUGCGCUGAAGCAAUAAACAGGGAGGGUAAUGGUAAGUGGAAAGCGCAGAUCCACACGGAUAGGGUUGAGGUGGCGAUCAAAGUCUCCGACCCGGACUUAGAAAAAGACGAGCUCAUGGAAGCACUCAAGAAAGGCGGGUUAGAAGAGUUGGUGGAAAAAGGAGAGAUUUGCUUCAAACACAUAGGGGGCAGACAGGGAACUUGUCACCGCACCGCCUUUCUUGAGUGCACAAGAAUGGCAGCGAAGCGGCUCACGCAGGAGAAAAGUCUGAGGACCAAGUGGCAGGAGCUCAGACCUUUCUUUCCAAGAAGAAAACAGGAAGAGAGCGCGAGAGGAAAAGAUAGGACAAAAGGAAGCGAAGCGCGCGAAAAUAGCGGAAAAUCGACCAACUGGAGAGGGAACGAGAAACGGCAGCCCAAACCCGGAACCAGCAAGGAUCCUUGGUGA